UUGUUCCGACAUGGUUGCAACCCAAUCGACUGCCUCUUCGAGCACAUUGACCGAGUCAAGUUCACCCGAAUCGAAUCGGAACACCGGUGAUUUUUCAACCUCUUUAUUUCUGACUUCAACUGCCUCGUCAAGUACCGUGACAAAUACAAGGCCAUCAUCCACGGAAUGGACUACAGGAAGUCUUUCAACCUCUUCGUCUUUGACUUCUACUGCCUCGUCGAGUACUGUGACACAUACAAGUUCAUCUAAUUCAGAUCAGUCAUCAUCGUCUAAUUCUGAUUCGUCAUCCUCACCUUCUUCAGAUUCGUCAUCAUCGCCUUCUUCAGAAUCGUCAUCCCCGUCUUCGUCAGAUUCGUCAUCAUCACCUUCCUCAGAUUCCUCAUCCCCGUCUUCUUCAGAUUCGUCAUCAUCACCUUCUUCAGAUUCGUCAUCCCCUUCUUCAGAUUCAUCAUCCCCACCUUCGUCAGAUUCGUCAUCAUCACCUUCUUCAGAUUCCUCAUCAUCGCCUUCGUCAGAUUCGUCAUCAUCACCUCCUUCAGAUUCGUCAUCAUUACCGUCUUCAGAUUCGUCAUCAUCACCUUCGUCAGAUUCGUCAUCAUCGCCUUCUUCAGAUUCUUCAUCAUCACCUUCGGCAGAUUUAUCAUCAUUGUCAUCUGAUUCAGAUUUAUCAUCUGUGCCAUCUUCAGAUUCAUGGCCUAAUUCGGGAUCAUCGUCAUUUUCCACUUCUGGUGUGUCCACAUCCCGUUCUUCAGAUUCAUCAUCUUCGCCUUCUUCAGAAUCGUCAUCCUCGUCUGGCUCAAAUUGGUCAUCCUCCUUUUCUCCGGAUUCACCGUCGUCUAAAUCAGGAACUUUACCUGCUGCGAGGCAAUCUUCGGGUGAGUCAACUUAUUCUGACUCCUCAUACUCGUCUGGGUCGGGUCCAUCAUCACUUCUGUCAAGAAAAACGUCGGAUUCGUCAUCUUCAGGAUCGACUUGGUCAAGUCCGUCUUCAUCAUCAUCGACAUCAGACUCGCAAUCUAGGAUGUUGUCGAUGUUGUCAUCUCAAUCAUCCUCGGAGACGGACUCACAUGGUCACGUAUUUGAAUAUGUAUGUGCUUGGCCAUCGCAUAUCGUAGCAGUGGAACCCGUUGAUCUUGCUGGAGCAGGAGGAGAGGACAGUCUACUCGGACCACCAGACGCCUACCCAUGUUACACCGCCGCCCCUUCAACUGUACCCUCAUUCUCAUACAUCAUCGUACGUAUAUGA